UGCAGCUUUACAGCUUCACUCUUCCUGCAGCAAACAAGAACAGAGGCACAAGAUCUUGAAUUCCUUCAAAAUCAUCUCCUCCUCUUCGAACCCACAUUCAGUCUUGGCUAAAGGUUUCAACUUUCUAAUGCAGAUCUUUCUGGAGUUUCCUAAAGGGGGGAGAUAGAAAUGGGGUUUUGCCUGAAAGCGAUCGCGUUCUUGUUUCCCAUCUGGGUUUUGAGUUUCGAGCUCAGCCAUGGCCGCAUCUUCACCUUCAAGAUGCACCCCCGGUUCGCGGAACCCGUCAUGAACUGGUCCAACUCCACCGGGAGGCUCCCCCAUUUGCCCGCAAAAGGCACUUUUGAGUACUACGCUGUGUUGGUCCACCGCGAUCGUCUGUUUCACGGCCGCAAACUCGCCGACUUCAGGGGACCUUUCGCUUUCUCCGAUGGAAACUCCACUUAUCGAAUUAAUUCUUUGGGAUUCCUGCAUUAUACAACGGUGCAAUUGGGGACCCCAGGAGUGAAGUUCAUGGUGGCUCUUGAUACGGGAAGCGAUCUGUUUUGGGUGCCCUGUGACUGUAACAAAUGUGCUCCGACUGAGGGAGCCGCUUAUGCCUCUGAUUUUGCGCUCAGUGUAUACAAUCCAAAAGGAUCAUCAACUAACAAAAAGGUCACUUGCAACAGCAAUUUGUGUGCACACCGCAAUCGCUGUCUUGGAACAUUCAGCAAUUGUCCUUAUGAGGUCUCUUAUGUCUCUGCACAAACUUCUACUUCUGGGAUUUUAAUGGAGGAUGUUUUACACUUAACAACAGAAGAUAGUCAUCAAGAAUCAGUAAAGGCAUACGUCACAUUUGGGUGUGGACAAGUUCAAAGUGGUUCGUUUCUGGAUGUUGCAGCUCCCAAUGGCCUAUUUGGGCUUGGUAUGGAGAAGAUAUCUGUUCCUAGCAUUUUGUCCCAGGAGGGCUUAACAGCAGAUUCUUUCUCCAUGUGUUUUGGACGGGAUGGGGUUGGACGAAUCAGUUUUGGAGACAAGGGCAGUGCUGACCAGAAUGAGACCCCAUUUAAUCUGAAUCCAUCACAUCCAAGCUACAACAUCAGUGCAACUCAAAUUCGUGUUGGAACUGCUUUGAUUGAUGUUGAUUUCACGGCUCUUUUUGAUUCUGGAACUUCUUUUACAUACUUGGUUGACCCAAUCUAUUCAAGGCUGUCAGAGGAUUUCCAUUCAAUGGUACAAGAUAAGCGAUGUCCACCUGAUUCAAGGAUACCAUUUGAGUACUGUUACAAUAUGAGCCCUGAUGCAAAUGCUAGUUUGAUACCUAGCUUGAGUUUAACAAUGAAAGGUGGAGGCCACUUCACCAUUUAUGAUCCAAUAAUUGUUAUCUCCACUCAGAAUGAACUUGUAUACUGCCUGGCUAUCCUCAAGAGCACAGAAUUCAAUAUAAUUGGACAGAACUUCAUGACAGGUUACCAGGUUGUGUUUGAUCGAGAGAAGUUUGUCUUGGGCUGGAAGAAGUUUGAUUGUUAUGACAUUGAGGAAACCAGCAAUUUCCCAGUAAAACCACAUGCUUCCUCUGUGGCUCCUGCCUAUGCUGCUGGUGUCGGUAAUUAUACUUCUCCAGAAAAGACCAGGAACAAUUCUCGGACUUCAACUGCAUCGCGAUCAUACCAUCUCCAUGCUUCACUUCUAACUUGCUUCAGAUUUUUCUUCAUGUUGUCUAUUAUUGUAUCCAUUUUCUAGUUUACUUUCGCAAGCCAGUUGCAGGUCAGGGCACUAGUACUUUUAGGUCUUACCAUCCUUUACAUGAUAACCUUUGCCAGUCCAUAGUCGGCACUUUUCUUUAGGACUCUAUGGAUAGAACCUGGUAUGGUCAUUGUGCUUACCGGAAAUAUUGAGCCUAGCCUUCAUCUCUAUAUGCACCAUACAUCAGAGUCUCAUUUCCUAUUGUCUAUAUUUUAAAUCUUUACAAUUCAUCAUUAGAAGACGAUAGGUAUCUGUAUAUUAUUCUUGUAAUUGAAACUCUUACAGUCACAGAGAAGAGCUAGUGCUUUUCAAGUAUAACAAUAUCUUAACACUUGCACCGUGUGUUUCUCCCCCUCAACUCGUGUCUUUUAUCUGCCCGUAAAUUGAGACUGAAAUCAAUCUUUUCCACUGUAUAUGUUGUAAAGACAAAGAAACUGGUUUGUUCAA